AUGUUUAAUAUUUUUGGAAUUGUUUACUUCAAAAAAGGCUUAAACCUUUUGAUGUACAAAUUGCUAAUGGAUGAUCGAACUUAUAAUUACUUUGUUGUAAACACUUCUAAAUUUUCUCUAAAUUAUAAUUCUGCUUUCUAUAUUUCCUAUUUUAGCUUUUGCACUCUCUAUUAAAAAACAGAAGCUGUUUUAAAAAGAAUAGAAAAAAAAAUUGGCAGCAUGACUAUUAUUAUUAUAAUAUAUUUACUAUUUAACAUCCCUAUUUUCAUAAUUGGACUAAUGUUUUGUUUAUUUCUGACAAUAUUGAAAAAAGGGACUACAAGAUAAUCUAAAGAGUUUUCUCAUAAUAUUGAUUUUGAAUAUAUAUGUUAAUUCGAUAAUAAGUAAUUAAUUUGA